AUGGAUUCCCCGUUUCAAUAUUACGAAGAUUUUAAAAUUCGUAUAUUAGGUUCUUGUAAUGGCUUGAUUUGCUUAGGGAUCAAUACCCCUUCAGGGGAUUUUUAUCAUAGACGUAGUGAUAGUAUUUGUGUUUGGAACCCAGCAACUAGAGAAUAUAAGGAUAUACCAUUACCAUCUGCUCCCUCCAGCACUACAGGACGUGAUUACAACCGCGAUUACAACCUCAACUCGUAUGAGGAGUACAAUAUUAUAUAUGGGUUUGGUUACGAUUGCAACAUAGACAAUUACAAGUUGGUAAAAUUUACGCAUUACAAAACGUCUGGUCAUAUUCAAGGUGAGGUGUAUACAUUAGGAUCAGAUAAGUGGAAAACAAUUCACGUUGACAAUCGUUACUCGUUUCCAGACACAUCUUCUGGUUUGCUCCUCAAUGGAGCUCUUCAUUGGUUAUGUGGAACCACUACCCAAAACAAAUCAACUAUACUCUCUUUCAACAUUAGCAAUGAGGGACUCAUCAGUUUUCCUAUUCCCGCAGAAAACAUGCAAUGUGCCAAUCUAGGAGUAUUGGGUGAAUGCCUCUGCUUACUUCCUAAUGAAUGGGUAAGUAAUGAUGUUUGGGUGAUGCUGAAUUAUGGAGCGAGAGAAUCUUGGACUAAGCAGUUCACUUUAAAAGAACUAUGUUGUAGUACUGGAUAUUUUAAUAGGUUUAGUUGUGAUCUUGAGGUGUUAAGGUCUCUUUACAAGGGAGAAACUAUAUUGCGUACAUGGAAAGGUUUUAUAGUACAUGACCCAAAUAAUGGAAGCAAAUUGGAGCCGGAGGUUAGUUUCCAAGGCGAUAUAUUGAAAGGCGGUUGUGUUUAUGCAGAAAGCUUGGUUUCACUCAAUUCUGUUAUUUACGUGGGUAGAGGAAAGCAUAUGGCAGCAAAAAGAAUUGCAACGAGAACAUAUCUGCAAGCAUUGAUUAACUAA